GCUCUCCGCUGGCCGGGACGCCGCCCUGGCCUGCGUUUGGCUCCCGCGGUGGCCGCAGGGCGCCGGGGCCCCGCGCGGCAUGAGGAGGAGGUUGCGCGCCCAAGAGCGCCCAGCUCCUUGGCCUCCAGGGCCCCCGGGGGCCCCCGCGCGUCGACUGCACCGGCUGCGGCCCCGGCACCCACGCUAGCCCCGCGCAGGCACGAGGAGCCGCGGCCCAGAGGAGGAGGAGGAAGAGGAGAAGGAGGCGCGGGCCUGCGGGGCGAGCCCGGACCCUCAGCUCCGUGGCUGGGCGAGCUGGACCGCGUCGGGAACGGGGAGCCGGGGGUGCUGCAGUCGGCCGCCCCUCUCCGCAGGGGCGCCGCGGCGCGCAGCCGGAGCCGUUCCCCACCUGCAGCCCCUCCUCCCGCCGCUGCCUGGCGGAGCACUCGCGCGUCCGCGGCCUCCUGAGGACCUCCGCUCCCCAGGCCCCCGGCACCUCCACCCCUCUGCUCCCGCCCUCCCUCGUCCCUCGUCCUUCCGCGCCUUUCCAACCCCGACCCUUCUGCUUCCAUUCAUUCUGCCUCCCUUAAAAACCCCUUCCGUCCUCGGGCCCCCCUCCCUGGAGCCUCCGUUAUUGGCGCAGACCCCGCCACGGUCUCGGGGUUCCGAGCACGUUCAUGGAAGUUUAGGGCCUGGACAUUGGACCUGAGUCCGGCCGGUGAGCGCAGCGGGAGCUGCUGGCUGGGAAGAGGAAGAUGUCCGUACUCAAGCGGGUGAUGCGUGUCUCCAAUCGCUCCCUCCUCGCCUUCAUCUUCUUCUUCUCCCUCUCCUCGUCUUGUCUCUACUUCAUCUAUGUGGCUCCGGGCAUUGCCAAUACGUAUCUCUUUAUGGUACAAGCUCGAGGUAUAAUGUUGAGAGAAAAUGUGAAAACGAUAGGACAUAUGAUCAGGCUGUACACAAACAAAAACACCACCCUCAACGGUACAGAUUAUCCUGAAGGCAAUAAUUCAAGUGAUUAUCUUGUUCAAACAACAACGUAUCUUCCAGAAAACUUCACCUAUUCACCAUAUCUCCCGUGUCCAGAAAAGCUGCCUUACAUGCGGGGAUUUCUCAGUGUUAAUGUAAGUGAAGUCAGUUUUGAUGAAAUUCAUCAACUCUUCUCGAAGGAUUUAGAUAUUGAGCCAGGAGGGCACUGGAGGCCUAAAGACUGUAAGCCCAGAUGGAAGGUGGCAGUUCUCAUUCCCUUUCGUAAUCGCCAUGAACAUCUUCCAAUUUUUUUCUUGCACCUCAUUCCAAUGCUCCAGAAACAGCGUCUGGAAUUUGCCUUUUACGUCAUUGAACAGACUGGCACACAGCCUUUUAACCGGGCGAUGCUCUUCAACGUGGGCUUCAAAGAGGCCAUGAAAGACAGUGUCUGGGACUGCAUCAUCUUCCAUGAUGUGGAUCACCUACCAGAAAAUGACCGCAACUACUACGGCUGUGGAGAGAUGCCACGCCACUUUGCUGCAAAGCUGGAUAAAUACAUGUAUAUUCUUCCAUAUAAAGAAUUUUUUGGUGGUGUCAGUGGACUGACAGUGGAACAAUUUAAAAAGAUCAAUGGUUUCCCUAAUGCUUUCUGGGGCUGGGGAGGAGAAGAUGACGACUUGUGGAACAGAGUUCACUAUGCUGGAUAUAAUGUAACCAGACCAGAGGGAGACAUAGGAAAGUACAAGUCUAUUCCUCAUCACCAUCGAGGGGAAGUCCAGUUUUUAGGACGGUAUAAGUUACUAAGAUAUUCUAAAGAGCGCCAGUACAUCGAUGGGCUGAACAACUUAAUAUAUUCGCCAACAAUUCUGGUUGACAGAUUGUAUACGAAUAUAUCUGUAAACCUCAUGCCAGAGUUAGCACCAAUUGAAGACUAUUAGAAAGCGUUGCCCUCCUGGCCAGCCAGAACACACUGCUGGAACCUGAGUGUGCUGUGCACUUUCUCGGGAGGCUAGGGCGUGCACGUGUCUGCACCCUGUCCUCAGACGAGGGACAAGAGCCGCGGUCCUCCUGGCACUUAGCAGCCUGCACCUGGAUCCAGGCGCCCUCCUUCCUCCUCGGGGCACACCCCCAUGGUGAGCACUGCAAACCCACAAGCCUUUGCUUAUGAUCAGAAGUUGAGAGCUCCCUACAAAGAACAUUUUUAUACUAAAAUCUAUAAUUUAAGAGAAUGCUUUUAUUUCCGUUUAAACAUUUUGUACAUAUGUGAUGUAAAUUAGUGUUCAGAUUGUUGAAAAACGUGUUGCAGUUUUGCAUGUAAUCAGCUAUGCCUUUAUUGGACUUUUAUAGAUUUUGUUUUUAAUUGCAUGAAGACGACCACUAAAUUUAUGUCACUCAGAGGUUAACCCUUGUGUGAAAUGAAGGAACUGUCAAUAACUGACAACCAGCUAAUAUAGUAAACCGUUAAACUAGUUUGGAACUUUAGACCUUCAAAGAAGUCACGCUUUCUUAGGGCUUUAAAGGAAAGAAGAAAGGACUUGAAAAGCUUUUCUUCCUACCAGGAUUACCUAUUUUUUUAUUUUCCUUGCUUGCAAUCCCAUCAGAUUUUGCUGAAUCACAAUCAUAUCAUUUAUGCAUGAGUAUUACCAAGAAAAUCCUAAACGUUAUGAUGUGACCUGAUAUAAAGGACCUCUGUGUUAAACGUC